AUGAAUGGGAAAGUAAGCAAAGCUCUACUUGGAGAGUUGUCAGUUGACAAAGUUGAAGGCAUGUCAGUUGAGAUAAAUUCUGAUUAUCAAAAUGUGGCGCAUAUAUUGAGAGUGGGAAAUAAAAAGAAAAAGUUACAAGACAUUGCAAUGUCGGUGCAUAGUAUGUGCAAAGACAAGGCCAUUCAAAUAGAAGGAAUAGGUCUGCAGAACAGCAUUAAAAAGACUGCAGAAAAGCAUGGCGUUGAACCUGUUGGCAGAUAUGUGUCCAUUCUUAUGCAAAUGGAUUUUGUGCAGCAAAAAGAGAUAUGGCAGACCCGAAAUGAUAGAAACUGCCUUGAAGCCAAGAAAUUGUACGAUCUCUUAGACAUUCUUACAGAAAUUGAGUCUGUCAAAGAAAAUCCGACAUAUGCGAUUCUUGUCUCAUAUUUCGACUCAUCGUCUGGAGUUAUUCCCAUCAUCAAUAAGCUCCCUCAUGGACUGCAAGAGAAGUGGGUUUCCCAAACUGCCAGAUACAAAAAACAGUUUGAUGUUCCUUUUCCACCUUUUGGAUUCUUAUUCAACUUCAUCCGAGAGCUCAGCACGAUGAAAAAUGAUCUAGCUCUUCAAUAUGAAUGUUCAGAAUCAUCUUCUACAUCGAAAAAACGACAACAAGAAAGUAAAGGAACUACAGGAUCUCCUUCUGUUCAUAGCCGUAAAACGGAGUUAGCAGGGGAAGGCGAAGAAAACAAAACUAACACCAAUUCGAGAUGUCCUAUACAGAAAGCGGAUCAUACAUUACAUGCAUACAGAGCUUUCCGUGCGAAACCGCUCCAAGAACGAAAGGAUAUUCUUCGUGAGCAUGGAUUUUGUUACAAGUGUUGUAUGUCCAAGCACCUUUCUAGAAAUUGUAAGGCGACCAUUAAAUGUGAUAUACGUGGAAAUAAGCGUCACGCGACAGUGAUGCACCCCGAUCAAAGGCCCAGCAAUGCGACAACCAGCGUCAGCACAGUUGCAGAUGGCGGGGAGAGGAAUUUACCAACAAAAUCAACAGUGGAUAGUAAAUGUACUGAACUCUGUGAACAAACGCUCAGUGGACACUCUUGUACAAAAGUUGUUCCUGUACGAGUGUAUCCCUUAGGAAAUAAAGAUAGCGCUGUCCGGAUGUACGCCAUUAUAGACGAGCAGAGCAAUAGAACACUAGCCAGAUCAGAAUUCUUCAAUCUUUUCGACACGCGCAAUGAAACCCAAACGUACACAUUGUUCUCAUGCAGCGGACGUUCUAUCUGUAGUGGAAGAAGAGCAUGUGGUUUUGUUAUCGAAGCUAUUGAUGGCAGCUAUCAGCUAAACAUUCCAACUGUCAUAGAAUGCGAUGAUAUACCAAACAACAGACAGGAAAUUCCAACACCGGAAGUGGCAAAUGCAUAUCCCCAUUUGUCAGAAAUUGCUAUUGAACUACACCCUCUUGAGAUCGAUAUGGAAAUUCUUCUCUUAAUUGGAUGUGAUCUUGGAGAUGCGCGCCAUAUUAUUGAGCAAAGAAUAGGCCCAUCACAGUCACCAUACGCGCAGAAACUUGGUCUUGGAUGGGUUGUCAUCGGAGAGGUGUGUCUAGGCAGAACUCACAGACCAGAGAUUGUUAUCGCAAACAAAAUAACUAUUUUACCAAACGGUAGAACUACUGUAUGUGAUCCGUGUACAAGUAACAUCGCUGUUAAGGAAAUACCAUGCAUUCCUGAAACAGAUCUUAUUGGAGACUCUGUAUUUCAUACAACUGAAUACGAUGACCAACCUGGACUAUCCAUAGAUGAUAGAUUGUUUUUGUCUAUGAUGGAUCGAGAGCUCUAUCGAAAUGACAGUGGACAAUGGGUUGCAGCGUUACCGUUCAAGAAACCAAGACGGAAACUCCCAGAUAACAGACAAAUAGCUGUUAAAAGAGCUCAUAUUUUGGACGUGAAUCUAAAGAGAAACCCAGAAAAAUGUCUACAUGCCACCACAUUCAUGCAGCAGAUAAUGGAUUCUGGUCAUGCUGAACGUGCACCACCAGUCAAUGAAAGGGAGGAGUUCUGGUACUUACCUAUUUUCAGUGUGUACCAUUCCAAAAAGCCAAAUCAGAUCAGAAUGGUUUUUAACUCGUCCGCUCAGUUUAAUGGUGUCUCAUUGAACAAUGUCUUGCUCUCUGGACUCGAUCUUACAAAUAGCUUACUUGGAGUGUUGAUGCGAUUUAGAGUUGAAAAAAUAGGCAUCAUGGCAAACAUCCAGCAGAUGUUCAAUUGCUUCAAAGUAAAGGAAGACCAUAGGAACUACUUGCGAAUUUUGUGGUAUGAAGAUAACAACCCUCAAAAAGAGUUAGUGGACUAUAGGAUGUGCGUUCAUGUGUUUGGUAACAGCCCCUCACCUGCUGUUGUCACAUAUGGCUUGCGAAGAACAGCACAAAAUGCGGAAACUACAUUUGGACAUGAUGUUCGUAGCUUUGUAGAGCACAACUUCUACGUGGAUGAUGGCCUUGUAUCCCUACCAUCAGUCAAGCAAGCAGUGAGUUUGAUGAAGAGGCCACAACAAGCAUUGAUUCAAGAAGGUGGACUACGAUUACACAAAAUUGUAUCAAACAACAGUGACGUAAUGAACAGUUUCCCUUCAGAAGACCUUGCAAAAGAUCUAAUGCCUUUAGAUCUCAACUGUCGAGGAAUAUACAAAGUCUCAAGACGAGAAUUGCAUCUUUUUACUAAAGCUUCUGAGGAAGCCAUUGCUACAGUUGCCUAUAUCAAAUUAACGGACGCCGAUGGCAACCAACAACAAGGUUUCUUACUUGGAAAAGCUAAAGUUGCUCCUAAGAGUGCUGUGACAAUACCAUGCUUAGAAUUAUGUGCAGCAGUUCUUGGCAUUGAAAUCAUCAAUAUCAUAAAGAAACAAAUGAGUAUCCCAACAGAAGAAUUUCACUUCCAUACAGAUAGCAAAGUGGUACUUGGCUACAUCUGUAACAACACUGGACGGUUUUACACUUACGUAAGCAACAGAGUGGAAAAAAUUCGUAAUGCUUCUGUCCCAGAACAAUGGAAUUAUGUUCCAUCUGAAUAUAGCCCAGCUGAUGAAGCAACCAGGUCAUCAUUAAACAGAAUUCUGACAGACACCACAUGGCUCAAAGGACCAACCUGCUGGUUUACCAAACGUUUAGAUCCAGAUGAUACGGAAUAUUCUGAACCAGAGAACCUUGGUCCAAAUUAUAAACUUGUGAAUUCAGAGUUGGAUAAAGAAAUUAGACCAGUGAUAUCAGUCAUCAAAUCAUGCGUAGAUCUGACAACUUUUGUAUCUGGAUUCAAAAAUUACUCAACUUGGAAAGGCUUGGUUGGAGGAAUAGCUCAUCUGAAACACAUCGCCAGAAGCUGGAGUGGGCAAUCGCCAUGUAAAGGCUGGCAUGCUUGUUCUAAAGCUAAAGAUAUACAUCUUCUAUAG